AUGUUUACGUUUUUCCUACUAGCUUUAUUGACGGUAUCAUGCAGGGCAAAACUGUUUCAGAUGACCAGGUUUAAUUCCACAGUUGUAACAGUUACGCAAAGGAUGAGUGACGCAGAUAAAUACGACGAACAGCCCCUUUGUGCCCAACUCAUCACCAAGCACAUUGGAGUUUGGGCGAAGUCAGAAAAGCUCAGCAAGUGUGUUUUGCGCCAGGUACAGAAUGGGUACCCGAUUUUCCACGUUAAUCUGAAUGCGACAAGAAUUCCCGAAGGUUACCAGGAGAAAGCAAACCUUUUCU